GGCAUGAACCUAUCAGCAGUUAUCAGCCUCACCCAGUUACAGUUACUUAUCAGCUUGCUAACAGCGCUGAAGUCGACGCCGGCCUCUAUUGGCUAGGGACGGCCUUCGAUUACCGGAGGAGGCGUGCGUCAAUCAUACCAUCAAAUUCAACCAAAUUGCAGGGGCUCUCGAAAAGAAAGGUCAAAAUAACGCUUUGCAGCCCUUUUCGACCGACUCGCAAAGCGCAAUGGACGGAAGCUCUGUAAUGAACUAUCAAUUCCUCGCCCGUGAAGUCAAUUAUCAUCUUGUAUCUUCAUUGACCCUCAUGCUGUGGGAUAUGGUGCUUACUUCAAAGAGCGAGAUAGAGCAUAUCUGGCCGAAACCCUGGACCUCCUUUUUUAAGUGGUUGUACUUGUUCCUCCGAUAUUUCGGUCUUGCAACACAAAUAUUCCACCAAUUUGCCGUCCCUCACCUUAACAGCGGAAAGGCCCUAAGAUCAACUUGUUUUGCAUGGUACAUUUAUAGUGCCAUCCUUGCGCAGUUCCACACAACCGCUAUCGAGAUCAUCUUGGCUGUGCGAGUGUAUGCGCUGUUCAACAAAAGUCGCCGCAUCGCUAUCAUACUAGGGUUGCAGAUGACACUCGAGUAUAUAAUUCUCGUGAUUCUGGUCGGUGGCUACUUCAACGGGAUCCCCUACAUCCCGUAUUGCAUUCUGUCAACACCACCAGCUCAGAUAACAAUUCAUGCUAUUGCAGCGGUAACAACGCAAAGCACCCUUCUAGGCCUUUCUCUUAUGAAACAUAUCCUGGCCAGACGCGCUGGGUGGGGCCGGACACCACUUGUCUCCCUUUUAAUUAGGGACGGAACAGCUACAUAUCUUUUAAUAUGUGUGAUCUUCGUCUGUGUCGGUUCGUUUUGCCAGCUCCGCGAUGAGCGCACCUGUAAUCACGUUCUUUUGGCUCAUCUCGGUAUUAUCAUCAUGCGGCUGUCGACUCAUAAUCAAUAUGCAACGUCUGGCAGUUGAUGAGAAAUCUUCACCUUGCUCGCUUAUUACCUCACACAUCGAUGUUGAGUUUUCGUCUCAAGCAUCAUUUAAAUCAAUGUGAUAUCUUCUGUCACAGUGCAGUCAUCUUGGCCAUGAUUAUUGCAGAAAUGCCCCGUUUUCGCAAGUGAUGGGUAAAAUGUUCUUCUCCGCUGAUCGGAGGGCAUA